CUUUUUUUUUGUAGUAAAAUGAAACUGAAAAAAAUCGUUAUAAAUGUACUUGGUAAUUUCUAUGAACGUACUAUACUUGACGAUAAGUAAGUGGUUGCGUGAUAAAAAUCGCUGGCAUCCUGACAUAUGGACACGUAUCCUUACCGACUAAUGAAAUGUAUAUGCUUUCAAAUUAGCCACUUCAUUGCGUCAGUCAUGAGUGACAAGUCCGAGUAGACACAUAUAUCGUGAGCUAUUUAUUUAUUGAAUUUUUUAAAAAAAUAUUCUUGUAACAAUAAAGCUCCAAAUAAAGCAGUAAAUAAUUUUUAUUUAUUAUAAUGACGGGGAUUAUUUAUUUUAUUUUGUGUUUAAUAAUUGUGAAUGUGACCAAAUGCAAUGACAUUAGGAUCAAUUUUCUAGCACCAGAUUCUUCAAAUUCUCACAUUCACACGAAGCAAUUACUCGAGUUAUGUUUUGCUGAUCAACUGAAUCCGGUAGUUAUUUCUGCCAAUUUGAUUGAUAUUGUUGCCGGGAUUACAAAAAAUGAAAUUAUUGACGGGUCUGUUGUUGUCAUUGAUAAUAAGUUCUCAUCAAAAAAUAUAGAGAAACACUAUCCUCGGUACCCAACGUAUGUGCUAUCUGCUGAUCCAAUUGACACAUUAAAAAAAAUUCUUGACGAAAUAAAAUCGUCUGAUAUUUGGAAUAUUCAAUCCUGGUUUUUGAUAAUUGGAACAAAGUGUCAAGCUGCAUCGAAAGUAUUGAAAUUGUUGUGGGCACUAGAAGUUUCUUCGUCUUUUUUCAUAUGUCGUCAUGAGUCCAAAAAUGAAACGCUGGUUUAUACUCUCAACCCGUUCACCAACUACGCACCGAAAAUUUGGACUCAGGUAGAAAUGAUUGAAGAACCGAAGGAUCGAAUGACUUUGUACAGUCAACCCUUCGUAAAUGAUAAGGAAAUUUGUCAAAGUCUGAAAUUCGACAAAACGAAAUUUCUUGAUGGCUUUCCAAUAACAGGUGUUGGAUUCGGUUUGGAAAAAAACGUUUCAAUUGGUAAAGUUAGACCAGAAUUAUUUAAAUUCUAUCCAUCUAUCAAUUAUUAUUUUUUUCAAAACCUCAUGUCAGUUUCUAACAGUACGCUGGUAAUGUACACUGAUCCUCAUGCAUUAGUCUUUAACGGUACAUACGAUUUACAAAUUCCAUUUAAAACGCUUAAAUUUGUUAAUAAUGAACACAUUGAUUUUAUGGCUUUCUAUAAUCAGGAAGGGUACGUGAUAUUAACAAAAAAGCAAAAAACUAUACCGAUAGUUAAUCAAAUAACAGAUAAUUUUUUCAAUUAUCAAACUGUCACUAUGUCAUGUAUUAUUUUGACACUAAUUCUGAUUGCAUUUUGUAUAAACAGUAAUUUCCAUUUACGCCUAGCUUUUUUAGACAUGUUAUCUUUGGUACUAAAUAUGGGCAUACGAUCACCAUUGAAUAGAUUGCCUAUACGUAUUACAUUUUUUUGCGCCUCAAUAUUUAUGUUGAUUUUCAAUCCUGCACUGCAGGGGCAAAUAGCGUCGAUGUUGACGAGACCAGCUCGCGAAAAUGUUGAAACAUUACAUGAUUUGUAUAAAAAUAAAUUUGAUGUUUACUAUCCUCAAAGGAUUCAUGAAGAGAUAUUGAAUACAAAAAUAUGGUCUAAUGAUUCUGAUAAACAAUAUCUUCAUAAAAGUGCAUUAGUGUCUUACCCUUAUUGUGAAGAAAUAAUUUUAAAAAAUCCGUCAUUCGCUUGCGUUAUUUAUUCUGAUUUUCUCCCUGAUAAGUUACACGAUGACUUACAUUUGUCAAAAAAUGUAUACUUUAAUGAAUACGAUGUAGUCGUAAGUCGUAAAAAUUGGGGCUUAAAGAAUAAACUUGAUAAAGUAGCGAUGAAUUUUUUCGAGACCGGUCAAUGGAGUUACGUUGAGAAACGUUCUCUAUUUAAGCGUUUGCUACGAAUGAAAAGAUUAACUGAAAGAAUCGAAAAGGCUAAGCAAUAUGACCAACUAGAUUUUGGGUGGUUUGAGUUUGAUUACAUUUUGGUGGGGUUAUCGGUUUUGUGGACGGUCAUUGUGUUGGUUAUAGAAAUAAUGAUUAGUAAAAUUACAAAAGCUCAUAAAAGACAUCUACGAAAAUUGAAAUUAAGAAAAUUUAGAGUGCGUCGAAAAAUUGCAUUUAUUGUUAGAGAAAUGGCUGAAGCAUACAACUACUAGCAACCAUCGCGUGAUCUGUUUUAUUAAAUUAGUAUAUCGAUUUGAAAGAAAUCGUAUGCCCCUGAAAUUAUUGACGUAUUAGUAUUGUCGUGAGGUUUUAAAAUAAUACAUUUACAAGCCAUGAAAAAUUUUGAAAUUUGUAUUUAUCAAAAAUUUUUUAACAUUAAUUCACUUAAAAUCAAAACACUGCAAUAAUGUUUGUGGUCUAAUUUUUCCUUAUCACGCUGUAAAAAUUGGGAGUGAACUUAGAGUGAUUACAGGUUUUAUUUCAAUCUGCAUUCACUCCAAUCCAAAGUUUAAAUAUUUAAAAGAAACGCUUUUCACGAGUGAAUUUUACUCCGGACCGGAUUUUCAAUAGUAAAUAAAACUCUAUCCCUUCGGAGUGAAUUCUACUCCAAGGGGAUUAAAAAAAUGAGCAAUUAUCCGCUCCGCUAAUU